AUGGCAGCUGGGUCGUUCACAAGGAUCUUCUUGAUAGACAUCGAGGCCAGCGACCUUUGUCCCAGGGAGCAUGAGCUCGGAACAUCUGGCUCGGUGGUGGUGCAAGCCUUGGUGGAUGGAGUGGCCUAUGGCAGCUCGGGCAGCCAAAGAAGCUUCCCGCGGCCCCGCUGGCCCUCACUGGCUGUUCAAGGCCCCAACUUCCACCCAGGCACCUCAGAGCUCACGAUUCGGCUGGUGGAUGCCGACCCCUUGCAGCCACGAGUCGGGGAACCCUUCUGCUUUGGUUCCGUGUCCUUGAAGGAGGCUCUUGCACCGCUGGCCUACCAGCAGCGGCUUUCCUUCCCUUCGCAAGGUUUGGAAGGGGCUCCCGGCCGCUAUGGGGCGCUGAGCUUUCAGGUCUGCACCGUGGGACCAAAUCACCCAAAUCACCCAAACCACCGGAGGUUGGAGCACGUGGAGCCCGAAGAGAGACCGGGCGAUCCAGGGCACCUGGCGCACCCUCUGGACUGGUGUGGGGUCUUGCGCUUCACGCCAGAGCUACGGGAUGUUCCUCGCGGCCACCGGGGCCUCUGGUCCAUGGAGGCCGCUGCAGGACCACCUGAUGGCCGAGGCUCGCUGUCUCCCUCCAGCAGUUUCGUAAGCUGGCAAUUUCAAGAAGAGGAAGGGAAGGAAGGGAAGGAAGGAAGCCGUCGCCAGUGGCUGCACUGGAGACAUGAGCAGCUCUUCGUAGUCGAGAGAGACCUUCUCUUCAGCGUUCGUGCUGCGUGUCCCGAAACUGGGUGGGAGGGAAGCUGCCUCCAGCGGCUUUCGAAAAUGCGGGGUCCACGUGGUCCAUGCAACAUGUUCACCGAGGCGCAUCCAGACCCACUGCUGCUCAAAAUGCAUGGGACGGAUGCCUCAGUUGCCGUACAUCUCCGCUUCUUUCCGGCAGAGUUCCUGAAACCGAGCUCUCGCGCCGGCGGCAUCAGCAUUCGCAUUACCCUUGCCGCAGCACCACCAACUCUGCCACUGCCGCUCGUAUUUAACGUGCCUUCAGGAUGCUUCUCCAUGACAGGUGACAGGGCAAAGGACACACCCUUCCACAUCAGCCGCGUCGGAGAUUGCACAGAAGUAUGUCUGCCAGACCCUUUCCGGCUUCUGGGGCGAUCCGUGUGGAAGGCUACAACUUUGGAUGGCCUUCAGCCUUGCCUGGACUGCCUUGUGGAUGUCCUCGCGCUGCGGCUGCGGCCCGGGGACGAAAAGGUUCUCACGCUUCCCGUGGGAGACCAUGCCAUCGUGUUACGCCUCUGCCUCGCCAAGCUGCAUGUCGACGUUGCUCGCCCGGUCCUGGGGGUGUGCGUGCCCACAAAGGAGCCCAUGGAGGUGAUCGGUGGGCAGCCGGAGCAUGGCCAAGUGAUCGGAGUCUUUGUGCAUGCUUUGGCCGUGCAUUCGCCCCAGGUGACGUGUUGUUUGCUGAGUGGGGGCCCUGAAGCAUCAACCUUGUUCUAUCCUUUGCCGCACUUGGGAGGCAAGGUUUUCGUGCCGACACAGCCUGAUGGCCAUGGCAAGGUGACCAUCAUAGCAUUUCUGCCAGAGUUUGGCUGCCACGCCGCAACACAGACGGCCAUUGGUGAUGGUUGCUUGCAGCUGCACUGGCGCUUCUCCGAUGGUCAGGCUACCGUCCUGGGGGCUGCCCUGGUCACCUUCGCGCGGUGGCCAGCCGAGGGCUGCCUUUCUGCCGCGCGCAUCCGCCUUCGCAUCCUCCGUACCCGGAUCCCGGAGCAAGCGUUGCCUCACUUCGUGCCCCUGACCCUGACCACUGCCGGCGGCACCUUCGAGUGGAGCGGCGAAGACGGGGGAACUCAUGAUGCAGUUCUGUCCGUUGCUGGGCCUUUCGGCGAGCCCGGAGAGCUAGAGGUGCGCAGCGGCCAUGCCAUGGCCACGGCCUUGUCCAUGCCGGAGCUGAUGAGCGCACAGGCAGCCCAGGGUUUUACAUGCCGUCUCAAGGAUGGUGAAGUACAAGCUGCAGACAACACCAAGGAGCCCCAACCGAAGCGCAAAAAAAAGUUGGCCUUCGAUGACGUGCAGGGCACCCUGGUUGACGCCUCCGACAGCGAGGACUCGGAAAGCGGCAGCGGAAGUGAACACGACACAGGCGACGUUCAUGAUGAGCCGGCACGAUCCCAGCAGCAAUGGGUCCCCAAAACCGAGGCCGGCGCCAGCCAAUCUACUUUGUCCCUGCCCGUUCUGGUCGAGAAGGAGCGUCAUGGCUCGUGUGCAUUCUUCUUUUUGCCUGUGCGGAUGCAGCAAGUGUUUGAAGGGCCUGUGCAAUCCUCCGAGGCCACCUUCAGACGGCUUUCCAAAGGCACUGGCAGCAGCGAGCCACCACCAAACGGCGGAGUCAUCUUGCUCCAGCAAGUAUCGGCGAUUGCAAAUCUUGCGGAUGCUCAUGGGAAUAGCCACGCCAGAUGUGAGGGCGUGUGGGAGCCUGUCCCAGCCAUCUCCUUGACAGCCAGCGGCAACCCAGGAGUUGCUGGCCGAGCCACCUGCCAAGUCGCAGCAGCCUCGACCUGUCAUGAAUCUGCCGGCAUUCUCAUUGCUCUGGCAGAGCUUCAGUUCCGAAAGCCUCGAACAUGUGACAACCGCUUCUCAGCCGAGCUGCACCUUUUUUCCGCAGCAUUUUGGUUCCAGAAAAGGUACUUCGCUGGCCCUGCGGCAUUCUCGGUCCUCACUUCUGGCCGUCCCUCGACGUUACACGGCAGUGGACACAGGCCGUUCAGCUUGGCACGCCGAGCUGAAAGUGCUGAAACUGCCACUGCCACAGAGGUGGCCGAUGGUGAGGAAUUCGAGUUUCAGGCUGAGGUGGGCCGGGUCAUGGACAUCAUUAUCAACUCUUUGUACUCCAACAAGGACGUCUUUCUCCGAGAGCUGGUGUCCAACGCCGCAGAUGCUUGUGACAAGAAGCGCUUCCUCGCCCUCACGGAGAGUGACGCCCCCCCGGAGCCGAUGAAGCUGCGCAUCAACACGAACAAGGACGACAGGCUGCUCAUGAUUGAAGACAAUGGAGUGGGCAUGUUGAAGGAGGAGCUCAAAGAAAACCUUGGCCGGAUUGCCCGGUCAGGCACUGCCAACUUUGUCAAAGAGCUGGGCAGCGGAGAUGCAGAUGUCAGCCUCAUCGGACAGUUCGGUGUGGGCUUCUACUCAGCAUUUCUUGUAGCAAACAAGGUGGAAGUAUAUUCCAAGAGCUUCAAGAAGGAGAGCGACGGGAAGAUCUGGAAGUGGUCAUCCACCGGCCACUCCUACAGCAUCAAGGAGACCGAUGAGGAGCUCUUCGGCGAGCAGAGUGGAACCAAGAUCGUUUUGCAUUUGCGUGAAGAGGCGCAGGAAUACCUGGAUACAGGCAAGCUCUCUGACCUUCUGAAGAAGUACAGUGAGUUCAUCACCUUCCCCAUUGAGCUGUAUAAUGAGAAGGUUCAGUACGACCAGGUCCCGGAUGAGUCUGCACCCCCUCCCAAGGAAGGCGAGAAGCAGAAGAUGAAGAGUGUCCCGCGUUCGGUGUACGAGUGGGAUAUCAUGAACAAGAUGAAGCCCAUUUGGCUGCGAAAUCCGGACGUCGUGAACGAGUCUGAGUACACCGAAUUCUACAAGACCACCUUCAAGGCCUUCGAUGAGCCCAUGUCGACGACACACUUUAAGGUGGAGGGCCAGAUCGAAUUCCGGGCUUUGGUGUUCAUCCCUUCUACCAUGCCCUUCGAGCUGACCCGCGACAUGUUCUCACCAGAGGGCCGGGCCAUGCGCCUUUACGUGAAGCGCGUCUUCAUCAACGACAAGUUUGAGGACUUGGUCCCCCGAUGGCUUACUUUCGUCCGGGGCGUGGUGGACUCCGAAGACCUCCCGCUGAACGUGGGUCGCGAGAUCUUGCAGAAGAGCCGGACUUUGAAGAUCAUCCGCAAGAGGGUGGUGCGCAAGGUGCUGGAUAGCAUCGACGACUUGCGCGAGAAGGACCCCAACAAGUUUGAGUCUUUCUGGACGAGCUACGGAAAGUAUUUCAAGGUAGGCCUCGUGGAAGACCUGGACUACAAGGACGAGCUCAAGAGGUUCGUGCGUUUCUGGUCUUCGAAGAGUGGAGACAACCAGACCAGCCUUGAUGAAUACAUCACCCGCAUGAAGGAAGGCCAGGACAAGAUCUAUUUCGUGACUGGCGAGGGCCGACGCGCAGCAGAGAUUGCACCCGCCAUGGAGAAGAUGAGGUUGAAGGACUACGAAGUCCUCUACAUGGUUGAUCCCCUGGAUGAGAUCUGCAGCCAAAGUAUCGUUGACUACGAGGGCAAGAAGUUGGUAGACAUCAACAAGGCAGGCCUCGACCUGGACAAGAGCGAAGAUGAGAAGAAGGAAAUGGAAGAGACCACCAAGGAGUUUGAAGCACUGGCAACCUGGUUGAAGAAGCAGCUCGGUGAACGUGUGCAGAAGGUGCAGAUCUCGGAUCGCCUUGUCGAGUCCCCGGCCACCCUGGUGCAGGGUGAAUGGGGUAUGUCGCCCAUGAUGCAGCGCUACAUGAAGUCGCAGACUACAUCCAGCGCGUCGGACAGUGCCUUUGCCAUCGGCUCGAGGAAUCAGGCCAUCUUGGAGAUCAACCCUUCGCACAACGUGGUGAAGGCUUUGAAGAACUCCUACGAGACAAAGCCUGAUUCCGUUGAGACAGAGGACAUGGUGAUGAUGAUCUAUGAGACUGCCGCCUUGAUUGGCGGCUACACCAUCGAAGACCCAGGUGACUUCGCAAGGCGAGUCACGAAGCUCAUGGAAUUGCAGGCAGAAGGAGCAGGCGCGGGAACGCAGGAUGCAGAGGUCGUGGCUUAG